AUGCUGAUGGAUACGUGGCAGAAAUGCCUGCACUCUGGUCUGUAUCUCUGGUUGUACGUAUUCAUAUCUUUCUCUAAAGGUUGUACCGCUUGUGAGUCAGAAGAACGCCUGUUUGAUAAGCUGUUUUCUCGUUACAACCAGUUCAUCAGACCUGUGGAGAAUGUGUCUGAUCCUGUCACGGUAUAUUUUGAAGUGGCAAUUACCCAGUUGGCCAAUGUGGAUGAAGUUAAUCAGAUCAUGGAAACCAAUCUGUGGCUGCGCCAUAUCUGGAAUGAUUACAAAUUGCGUUGGAAUCCAGCAGAAUAUGAUGGAAUUGAAUUGCUUCGGGUCCCUGCCGAUAAAAUUUGGAAGCCCGAUAUUGUUCUCUAUAACAAUGCUGUUGGGGAUUUCCAAGUUGAAGGCAAGACAAAAGCCCUUCUUAAAUAUGAUGGCAUGAUAAGCUGGACCCCACCAGCUAUUUUCAAGAGCUCUUGUCCUAUGGAUAUCACCUUUUUCCCUUUUGAUCAUCAGAAUUGUUCCUUGAAGUUUGGCUCCUGGACAUACGACAAAGCGAAAAUUGACCUUUUAAUCAUUGGCUCAAAAGUGGACAUGAAUGAUUUUUGGGAAAAUAGUGAAUGGGAGAUAGUUGAUGCUUCUGGCUAUAAGCAUGACAUAAAAUACAACUGUUGUGAAGAGAUCUACACAGAUAUAACCUAUUCUUUUUACAUUAGGAGACUACCAAUGUUUUACACAAUUAACUUGAUAAUCCCUUGUCUCUUCAUUUCAUUUCUGACAGUUUUAGUCUUUUACCUGCCAUCUGACUGUGGAGAAAAGGUGACACUUUGCAUUUCAGUUCUGCUCUCUCUGACCGUGUUUUUGCUUGUAAUCACAGAAACUAUACCUUCUACCUCCCUUGUCAUUCCUCUGGUGGGUGAAUACCUGUUGUUCACAAUGAUUUUUGUGACGCUGUCCAUUGUAGUGACGGUGUUUGUGCUAAACAUUCACUAUCGGACUCCCACAACACACACCAUGCCCAAGUGGGUCAAAACUGUUUUCCUCCAGAUGUUACCCAAAAUCCUAAUGAUGAGGAGACCUCUGGAAAAGCAAAGAGAGAAACAUUCUGAUAAAAACUCUGAAGGGUUUGCCAGGAAGUCUGCCAAGAUCAAAUUUCCUGAAUGUGAAGAUCCUAAGUUAUUCGAAGAACAGGAAUGUUGCCAUUGUAACAAGUCCAAUGAGUUAGCUACCAGCAAGGAGAGAUCAAGUUAUCAGUCUUUAAAAUGGAUGACAGAACAUUUGGAGUAUUCAUCUGAAGUCAAAGAUGUGAUUGAUAGCGUCCAGUUUAUAGCAGCAAACAUGAGGAACCAAAAUGAAACAAAGGAGGUGGAGGAUGACUGGAAAUAUGUGGCCAUGGUAGUAGACCGAGUGUUUCUUUGGGUGUUUAUAAUCGUCUGUGUAUUUGGAACAGCGGGGUUAUUUCUACAACCACUUACUGGGAAUACAGUAAAAUUCUAA